AUGGAAUUAUUAGCUGUGUUGCUGUCCAUCUUCAUCACUUUCAAUAUUCGUUAUGUGGCAUCAGCGAACAAACACGCCGUAGUGUUCAAAAGCAUCCGCUCAACGGACGCGGAAUGUCUACAGUACUUGCCGAACGAUUCCUCCAACUGUGCGACCCGUUGCCGAGGCUUGGUGGAUCGGUUUUGGAACGACACCAGUGGAGUCGGUUAUUCCAUCGGGCGAUUCUACCAGCCAAGUCCAGACGACGCAUGUUACCAAAACAGAACUGCGCGAUGCCUAGCGGGAGUCAUCGCCACCAGCAGUGAUAGCUGUCAACGGGCAGAACAAUCGGUGAAGUGCUACGACGAUCAAUACGGACAGCUGGACUCCGAAGCGGUGCGAUACAUUCCGUUGACAAGGCUUCAACAUAUACAAAUUGUCAAGGAGUGUGUGGCCAUGCUAGGGAUGUCGGAAGAAACUUUGAAGCAAGUGGCAAUCAACGGAUCUGCAAUACCGGAGAAAUCGUGCCUUUUGCGGUGCUUCCUUAUUCGGCAUGGGCUGUACAGCGAUGAGGGAGGGUUCGACUGGGAACGGCUAGAGUUGCAAUGUGGUGGAUAUGGAGUUGGCUGGAAUCCAAGAAAGAUUCAGCAGUGCAUAAAUGGUAUUCAGGAGUGCGGCAAGUGUUCGAAAGUUUUGAGUUUUGCUGACGAUUGCGUUAACAUGUACUUCCGCCUGCAACCGUACGUGUAUGAUAAGAUUGAUGCAUCAGUUCCGUUUACGGUAGAUUUUUCCAUUGCUAUUGUAUCUGUAGCUGUACUUGAUGUUGGUUUCUAG